AUGCCUCAGAUCUAUCUAGAGGCCGCUGCCUGCUCCCCAUCGCAAAAAAACGACGUCUAUGUCUUUACCAUUGUCCCAGUUGCCGGAGGUAGCAUAGCGGCAAUCACAUCCGCAGAUGAGCUUGUUCUACUACACGCAGCAACCUUACAGACUGCAAAGAUAUUUACUCCCCAGGACGGCCUCAAAGGGCUAACAUCCUUGGUGUCUGCAGACGACGGCACGUCUGCCGUUUGUGCGAGCAACGAUGGCGUAGUUACUGUAUUUGAUAUCCGCACUCCACAGCCGUCGGCCCAAUUCCAAACAGGUAAAUCUAUAAACGCAUUGGCUUCCAAAGGCCUGGACCUUGCGAUAGGCACCGAAACCACCGUCUCGGUAUGGGACCGCAGACAAGCCCGGCUGCGUUGGCAGAAUGGAGAAAACAACGAUGAAAUAACCUCGCUGGACUUUCAUCCCUCUCAAGGACGAUUUCUUUUAAGCGGUGGCGAUGAUGGUUUGGUCAGUGUCUUUGACACUCAGAUUACAGAGGAGGAUGAUAGCCUCAUCCAGGCCAUCAACCACGGGCCGGUGCACAAGGCGGGAUUUUUCGGAUCAGACGACCUCUAUGCUUUGAGCUCAGACCAAAAUCUUGCGCUACAUUCGCUUACCCUUGAUGACACCGAUACCGACAGACCUGCACCAGAUUUGCUAGGAGACCUCAGGCCAAUUGUGCCUUGCGAGUACGUUCUCGAUAUCUUCCGAACCGGCUCAAAUUAUGUCGCCGCUUGCGGCUCUCACAGCAAAGCUCAGGUAGACCUCGUAAAGCUUCAACGAGGAAGUCAGCUUGAUUUUCGAGAACGAAUAGUCCUCAAAGGGACGCAUGGUGGAGAGAUCGUGCGCUCCAUUUUUGCGGAUGACAAUAGUGGAGUUAUAUUCACCGCUGGAGAGGAUGGACGUGUCGCUGCCUUCACAAAGACAGCAACUACGCCGACUUUUAUACCGCCACCCAAGGCUCCUAAAUCGAAAGUUGGUCCGGAAGGCAGGUACAAACCAUAUUGA